AUGGCAUUGACUCCAAGCUCAUUAGCCUUGGCCACCUUGCUGGACAGCUUGGCGGAUUUUGAGAGUGUUAAGAAAGCCGUUGAGAAUGCUAUUAUCGCUGUAAUUAACAGUAAUGAAGAGCUUAAAAAUGAUUACUCUUCUCAUGUUACUAACCUUUCUGAGUCUGUCAACUCUGCUGACCAGGCUGUUGACACCCGUAAAAUUAGUGAGCUUAGUGAGCGAGUUAGUAAAGAAAUUCAGCGUCUUGAAGAUCAACUUAAACAGCCUAAUAACCAUCUUAAUAAUCUUCCUUCUUCCCCCACUCCCUCUGCUGACCCAGACAAAUUGCAGUCCAAGUUGGACGCUUUGAAGGAAGUGGAGAAGCUUUGUGAAUUUUUGACUAAUCGUAAUAAUGCGUCAAAUGAUCCUAAAAAUCUCCUAGAUAAUUUAUGUUCCGGCCUCGAAACCUUCCUCGGCUUCAACAAAGACUCCAAAGGCUACGACGGCUCUGGCAUUGUGUACUCUGACCUGGAUAGGCUUUGCGACGGGGUGAUGGGAUUUUUGUAUGGUGUUCUUGAUGCAGUGAAGGAUGAUGAUGCAGUUAAAACGUACGAUAAUAUGAUGGCUAAAAAGCUAAAUGAAGUACUAGACUUGUUAACUAAAAAUAUUGGCACCGGCCGUGAUGGGCUUGCGGUGUCUGUCACGCAGGUGAAGGGGUGGUUGGAGGGGUAUGAAGGUGAAGUAAAUGAGAAAACAGAAAACGUAAAAAACGAAUUAGCCUGGUUAAUUAACAAUAUAAACGGUAAUUACAAAAAUAAAAUUAACGAAAACUCUUCCCUCACUGAUCAGUUGUCUGCUUGGUCGGAGGUAAUCGGUAACAUUGACUUCGACGUCACUAAAAUUGAAGAAGAAAAAAUAAGUAAGCUUGAUAAAGCGUUAAAAGAAAAAGUUAUGCAUAAAGUGGAUACCGUUAAAAGGUCUGUAAAAAUGUUGAAGGAGUCGGCAAAAAGUGGCGAUGUAAUGGAUUACGCUCGUAGAGUUGAUGAGAGUUUGGAGGCUGAGGAAAAAGAGAUUGUAAAGAAAAUUGAUACACAAUGUGAGUGCGUGAAAGAUAGACUACACUCGGAGUUUUACAACAUUGAUCAACGUGUUACAGCUCUAAAGAAGACCAAAGACGGCCACAUCGAACAUAUACAAAAUCUCAUUUCAGGAGCCCAGCAGGAAAUACAGACACUCGAGAAUCGCAUCAAUGAGCAUUAUAAAGCUGAGCUUGAGCGCAAGUUUGAGAUUUUAGAUCUCGAAAUGGCAAAGAUAAAAGCGGCGCCUGGUAUUCAAACGGCAGCAGAAAGAUCCCGGCUCCAUAAGGAGAUAGAUGAUAUAAAAAAGGCUGCCCAGGGGAUGAGGAAAGAAUUUGAAAUGGAGUUGAUAAACGUAAAAAAAACAGUGGCAGGCGCUGUGAAUGGAAGUGGAAGCGAUGGACUAAUUCAACGAAUUAAGAGCGCAGUGAUUGGGUUGAAGAAAAACAUAGAAGACGAUUUGAAAUCGUUGAAAAAUAAAAUCGAUGGUGCGAUGAAGGAGUAUGUGAAGGGAUAUAUCAAUGCGGUAAGCGAAAAAGUUAAGGAAAUAAAGGGACAUGUCGGGGAUAUUGGCAAGCCAUUCAACGAUGAAGCCAGGAAAAGUAUAGAUUUUAAUUGGAAUAUACUCAGAGCUCAGACGAAUCGGCGCCUGUCGGAAAUGUAUGAAAAAAAAGCAGGCAAAAACAGCGGCCACCUUGGCGGACUUCUCGACAAAGUCAGGGAGUAUGCUAAAGGCUUGGGAUUAAAGUUGAAGCAAGAUAAAGGGACAAUCGACACGUGGCUUAAUAGGGUUCUGACAGAUAAUGCGGCCGUGAAUAAUUAUAUCAGUUCGUAUCUCCGGUUUAACGAAACGACUCAUGGUAGAAGUUUCAAUCCUCAGUAUAACGGCCGCCAGAGCGGUGCAGAAAGUGUGAAAGAAGCCAUCAGAACUAAGCUUAUGUACGAGUUGAAAAACAUAUCGGUUGCUGGGCCAUCAGGCGAUGGCAGUAAAAUGGAAGAUAUUUUACAGGAAAUUAGUGAAAUGUUUCAGAACGUUGCUAAGCAAAUUGACACUACUGAGUCUAAUAAAGCCGAAUUAAUAAUUACGAAGAUUGAGGGGGACCUGGGUGUUUCUUCGUUCACUAGUAAUAGUGAUUACCAAACGUAUAAAGGCUAUCUCACAUGGGCAAUACGAACCACUUUGCUACAGGUGUCUCUUAUAGCCAAACAAAUCGGCGAGGAAAUUAAGGCCGUUUUACAGGAUUCUAAUAUACAGGAAAGCGUGGAUGAGGCAAUAAAAAAGAUCAAUUCAAUAAAAGAACAAUUAGACCUCGAUGGAUCAGAGCAAAAACAUGGCAAGCAGAUGCAAAAGGCUUUGGACACGGUAAAAACAAGUAUUGACCAGCUUCAGAAUGAUUUUCAUAAAUCCCGUCAAGACACAACCUCCUCCACCUACGUCGCCGGAUCAAACACGGUUAAUGUUGGUGACGGUGUUAAAAGUACCAUUGAAAAUAUACUGAAUGGCAAGAUUGGCCCGGAUUCUAAGAUCAUGUUCGAUGAUAUCAUGACGAAUUACAAUGCCAACACUACGGAAAAGAGUAACCUUCAGACUUCAAUAACAGCCAUUGAAACAACUGUUAAGCGCGCCAUGCAACAGGACAAAGAUGAAAUUAAUACUCAUCAACUUAAUAGUUAUGACGAAGAACACAGAAAGUAUGCCUCAGGUGUUAGCGCUCUCGAACAUACUGUCGAGCAUCUAGAAACUCUCCCCCAAAAAGUUGCCAUUGCUAGGCAAGCCGCGAUGAAAAACAUCGAUGCGUUGAACAAUGAAGUAAGUGCCAUAAGAACCAUAAUGGCUAAGUAUGUAGAGCCGAGCGUGACCACCGCAUCAUUAGAGUUAGACAAAACCAUUGAAACUUUUCAAACAUUGUUACAUGAGGUCCAUGAAAAUGCUCGUGGCGGUGUAUCUCAGAUGAAAAAAACUCUCCAUCAUAAAGUCCAAUCUACCUUCACCAUGAUCACCAACCAAGUCCGCACUCUAUUUUCAGACGCCCACAAAGCCGACCUGGCUGCGCUCAAGACGCUCGUCGAGGGGCAGAAAGAGGAGAUUGAGAAGAUCAUCAGAUCUGCAAAAAUUACAGGUGUGAUGGGAUUGAUAAGGAAAAUGCAUACUAAUAAAAGCGACUUUGAACAAAUUAGCGAAUUUGUGACUCCCGUGAAAUUGAAGGCCGUACCAACUAAAGAGGAUUUCACUGGCAUGUCUUCACACUUCAGGAAAAUUGUCGACUCGGUUCUCGAAUACACCGAAUAUCAAGUGUCCACUUCGUCUGGCGAUCCUCAUAAACGCCUGCCCACCGACCAGUCCGAGAAGGUGAGACAUCUCAAGGACGCAUUUGAUGCCCUUCUUCACUACCUUAAACAAAAUGGCGAUUCAACUCGGCAGUACCUUUUUGACCAUCAUUUUGAUGAUUUACUCGCCUCCCUCAACUCUCUUGUCACCUCCCUCUCUCCCACCUUCACCUCCCCCUCCCCCCUCCUCGCCCCCCUCAAGUCCGGCCUCUCCAACUUCGCCCAGCAACUCGGCCACGCGUACGUGAACAGGUACUCGGGUAAACAUUUCAACGGGGGUCUAAUUGUUACUAAAACCAUUACUGACGACACCAAACAACCUCCUAACUCCCCCAAAACUAUUGAGGAAUUAACCCCUGAGGGCCGCAACUGCGCCAAGGUCUGCCUGACGAUAGUGGAGAUACUGGUUAACGAUUUUGAAAAAUUGUUCACAGCAACUGGUGGCAACAAAAAAAUGCAAAUUAAUCUAGAUGAAGGUAACAGACUUGGCGUUUUUUUCAGGGCGAAAGGUUACGAUGUCGCCGAAGGUGCAUCCACCCAGGACGGUGAGCUGCAGAACAGUAGCGACAUGACCGGAGAGAAGAUUAGAGAAUUAUGUGACUAUACAAUUACGGUGCGUAAUAGUGGUGAAUAUGACCCUAAGACGCAGCAACUUCAAGCAAUUGAUCGCGGUGUGACAACUUUCGACAGAUGGAUAAGGUACCUCUACGUCUACCUCUCCAAUUACCGUACUGUCUGCCAUCUCAAGCACAUCGCUAAGCCACGGACACCCACGACGAUUAACCAAAUGUUACACUGGGUCAACGGGCUGCCGUAUACAACCGUCUAUAACGAACUUACAGUUCAAGGUUUCGGUGAGCUGUUCGAGAAGCAGGAGGAAGAGGAGCCUGUCGAAGGUGAGAUCGUCAUUAAAACCGAUGACGAUGACACGUUGGAGGCUUAUCCAGAAGACAUCACUGCCGAAAAAAUGAGAGACACGCUCACAGAUGUAUGCCGCUUUACGGAUAGAGUGCUGGUCUGCAUCCUCGGUCAUGGACACGCCGAAGGCAGAUAUGCGUGCGAUUUCAGCACCAACCCAGAUGGUUUAUUGUAUCCUAGCAACGCAAGUGCCUGCUUGGACAUGCUGGUGGAUAUACUGAAACGACUCUAUGAGCAGUUUUAUUUCCUAUUUAUUCAGUGCUCACGUGAGAAAGAUAACGUGAGUUGGAGAGACUGCUGGUACGGUCGGCACGUCGGUGGCUCAGACUGGAGGUGCAAUGAGAAGCAAUGCAUCAACCAAAUGGUCAACCAAAGUGCUGACCAAAAGGCCAACCAAAGCUGUGGCCAAACGUGUGAUCGGCACCCUAGUUGCGGUUUGAAGUCACCCCUCCAAUCCUUCCUCGAAGAUGGGCUUCCGGGUUUCCUUCCUCAUUCAAUUAAGAAGCCCGGGUGUAAAUUAGACUGCACUGUUUCCAACCAUAGGGGAUUGCCUUGUAAGACGCCAAUGGGCUUCGGGGAUAUUAGUCUAACAGCUUCACGUGCAUCCAGAGGCGAACGUAUGAUGAAACUACUCGAUAUGUUCUGUGGGCAGCAGACUAGUCCACUGACGAAGCUAUGUGGUUACUUCAACUGUCUGCUGCAAAUGCCUCCGCAAACGCUGGGAGAUAUGUUUGCGUUCUACCAUAAUCUACUUGUCGAUUGGAAUGGUGCGGCCAAGGGCUUAAUAGAUGGUCCGAAACAUAAGAAAAGUGCGUUCUUUAGCGCCGUUACCAGUGCUAACUUCGGCAUUGAGUAUCCAGAAUUGGACGUAUCUACGCUGUUCUUUACAUCGAAUCAUACGGGUAAUGGAGGUAAUGGUGACCUACUAUGCCUCCUCAGUUGUGGCAGUGCAUCGUUGACAACAACCUGUGGCCGGUAUCUGCAGCCUUUCGGUAUGAAUACGUGGACAGUAUUUUCAGAGAAACACGCAGACAAAUACCUCUCCUGGAUCGUCUACAUCACCGAAACGUUCUAUUAUUUGCUCGAACAGCUGCUAAAAGAGUGCUGCCGAAAUUGCACGUCAUCGCAAUCCAGGUGCAAUGGUAAAGUCUGCCCUAAAACAUGUCAAGUCAAAUACACGAGUGAAGAAACAAAGUCGCAAUCCGUAUCAACUAUUCAUCACACCAAGGACUGCAAAUCCAUCGCUUACUGCCCCUUUACACGUCCCACUUUAUGUAAGUACGGCUUCGUUUUCAAAAGCCUGUCAAACAUGAGCGGCACUAGUGGCGAUUCCACAAAGCGCACCUGCAAAGAUCUAUGUCACGCAUUGCAAAAUGUUCUACUUAAAGGAAAAGUACUCGGCGAAUUCACCCAUGUCACAAUUCCAGAAUUUCUGUGGAACAUUCGCAGUAAAUUCUUCUGGCUCAACGUCGCCCUCUGGCUCCUCUCCUUCCUGUACCUCAUCCACAUCAUGGUCAUCCGCCUCGACCUGCUCCACAUCAAAUCGCAUUUACAUAGUCCAUCAUCUCAUCGCAUCGCUGCUCAAUCACUACUUGCUGCUGCAAGAGUUGGAAGACUCAGCAAGAUAUCGUACCUUCAACCAUAA